AUGCCUUCUCUAGUCCCGUCCGCCACCUACGAGUCGCCCCUGGAGCUCGAGGCCGUGCGGUUUGUGCCAGGCGAAGGCCCGCACUCCACCGACGGGAAAACCACGAGAAUCUCGGAUAUUGUCAUUGGCGCCGGCGGAACCGACAGAGACAAGCCCAGCGCGGCCAGGGACACGGACUUGGGCGGCUUGCGGGCGCGGCUCACCACGGUCCAGGACCAGCUCAACGAGUUCUUGACGUCGAAAAUGCGGAACAAGCGGAAACUCGACGACGCGGAAGCCGAUGUUGAGAGGCGGCUUUUGGACGAGGGCGUCGACGAAGACAGCGACUAA